AUGCAGUCGACACGUGGGGCACAGAGCCCACAGAUGACUGCGAAAGCUAGACUCAAGAAGGUCUCGGACACGCUGCCUGGAUUCCUGCGUCGAGCUAGGAUCCGAAAGGCCUCAACGCGGAAGGCCUAUGACGAUUCCUGGUCACAGUUUCUCAGUUACUGCGUGUCUGUGAACCUUCUGACUGCUGCCACCAGCAAGUUUAUUUCUAUGUCUCAGCUGGACCAGUCACUUGAAGCGUUUGGAGAAUCCUUGUUUCUGGCAGGCAGUUCGAAGUAUCUCCUGACGUGUGCCUUGCAGAACUGCAACAUCCAAUAUCCUCAGUGGCCCACUUGUGCCAGGUCCAACUAUCCGCUGACUAAAGCUGCCAAGAAAGGAUGGGGGAACUUGGAGCCCGGCGCUUCACGUGACCCUUGUCCCUAUGAGGUAGCAUGCUGGAUUGCAUACUACAUGGUGACCCAAGGCUUGGUUUUUCAUGCUGCUGCAGUUAUGCUGAGCUUUGACACCUAUGUUCGACCUGGAAAGAUUUGUGGGUUGAAACACAGCAACAUCAUUCCUCCCAGCCGGGGUGUCAACAAACGUUACCAGCAAUGGGCCCUACUCUUGAAUCCUCAUGAGAUGAUGGAGCCCUCCAAAACUGGUCAAUUCAACGAUAGCUUGAUGGUUGGGAUGAAAGGUCGUGAAUGGGUGGGAACUCUUCUUGGCAAGCUGUAUACCAAGCAUGCUGGAACGACGGAUGGUCCCAUUUUCCCAUUCUCGCUCAACAACCUUGAAGGGGAAUUUCGGAAUGCUGUUCGCUCUCUCAAGAUCACCAAGCUGAAGUUAAGUCCUCAUUGCCUGCGGCAUGGAGGAGCCUCCCAUGACUACUUUGUUGGUAAUUCCACUCUGCCUGACGUUCAGCAGCGUGGUUGCUGGGCAACUUUUGAUUCAGUGCGACGCUACUCAAAGCAUGGCCGUGUUUCCAAACAGCUGUCUCUUUUGAGUCCUUCGCAGCAGCAGGCCGCUAAGCAAGCUUGUGCUGAACUGCCCCAAUUGAACAUGCACAUCCAGUUGCUGCGACACCUCUCCAAAGUUGAGGGGAAGGUCAAUGAGACCCAGCUAAAGCGCAGCCUUCGGGGUGCCUUGGUGUCCCUGGAUGUGGAAGUACAGGAGAAACUACCGGGGCAGCGUGGCUGUUCCGCGGCGGCGGCCUUGCUUUGCGGGGAGCGGCUGCUGGUGGGGGUGGUUGGCACCGCGUCGGCUGCCAGCUGCCAAGGCCCUGCAACGCUGGCGGACGCAGGCGCGGACGAAGCGAGCGAACAGACGAAGCAGCGAACGUCUGAGGACUAUGGCUGUGGGGUGUGGUUUGGUGGAUGA